CAAAGCCAGACAGAGAUCGGUAUUGAUCAACAAAGGAUCAAUUAUCAGGUUUAGAGCAGAUGUCCAGUUUAUAUGGUCGUUAAGUCAGAGGUCGCUACCUUGCAUACACAGUGUCCAAAUAUCCAGUAUUUGAUGAUGAAUCUUCUGGGGAGGAAAUAAAGCUUAUUCAUCCAAAUCACACACUCAAAGUGAUGCUGGAAAGUUUAGCAAUUACAGUCCUGAAAAUAGCCAACCAAUUGCAGUGCUGAUAACAACCAAACAAUACCAGUCCUGAAAAUAGCCAACCAAUAACAGUGCUGAUAACAACCAACCAAUACCAGUGCUGAUAACAACCAACUAACUACAGUGCUGAUAACAACCAACCAGUAACAGUGCUGAUAACAACCAACCAAUUACAGUGCUGAUAAUUACCAUCAAACAACACUUGGGCAAAAGCAUUUUGAAUGUAUCACCUAUGACUCAUUCAGAACAUGUAGGGAAUCACCCCAAGACAUAUACCAUUUAAAUACCCUCUGCAUGCUAUUUUUCCUGGAGAACAUUAUUUGAAAAGACAUAUGAACACGCAACUUGUAUAGCAGUUUUAAAGAGAUGCAUCAGUACACCAGUGGAGAAAGCCAAAUGAAUGUAACAUUCUGCUUGAAAACCUCUACCUGUUCAGAUGAACUACCAACACAAAUGGGGACAGAUACAGGUAAAAAACUGUUUAAGUGUGAGAUUUGUGGAAGUGAGCUGAAGGAAGCAGGAAACUUAAGGAAACACAUGAGGAUACAUACAGGUGAGAAACCGUAUGUAUGUGGUCUGUGUGGAAGGGCAUUCAGCUUAUCGAGUUCCUUAAGAACACACAUGAGGACACAUACAGGUGAGACACCUUUUAAAUGCGAGGAGUGUGGGAAGGCGUUCAUGCAAUCAAAUGCUUUACGCAGACACAUGUGGACCCAUACAGGUUAUAAACCUUUUAAAUGUGAUGUGUGUGGGAGGUUAUUUAUCCAAUCCAGUGUCUUAGAGAUACACAUGAGGACACAUAGAGCUGAUGACAAAUGUGAUGUGUGUGGGAAGACCUUCAAGAAAUUAUCUCUUUUAAAGAGACACAUGUUGAGUCAUUCAGAUGAUGAACCUUAUAAAUGUGAAGUGUGUGGAAAGACAUACAAGGACAUACAGAACUUAAAUCUACAUAUAAAGACACAUACAGGAGAUGAGCAUUAUAAAUGUGAUGUGUGUGAGAAGAUCUUCUCUUUAUCUCAGCAUUUUAAGUCACACAUGAAGACCCAUGCAAGAAACUUUUUCAUUCAGUCGGAACAAUCGCAGAUGUACUUAAAGACCCAUGCAGAUGGAGAGUCUGCAGAGAGUGAUGAGAUUGGGAAUUCAGAGAGAGAAGGAGACAAUUCUUGUGAUGUGUGCGGAAAAGUACUGAGCGAUUCAAAGGGUUUACAAAGACACUUGAAAAUACAUGAAGGAGAGAAUCCAUAUUCAUGCUAUAUCUGCAGGAAAACAUUUCGUGAAAUGGCACACUUGAAAAGACACGCAAAGACGCAUACAUCUGAAAAAGCUCAUAGUUGUGAUGUGUGUGGGAAGGAGUUUAAAUAUCCAGAUGGUUUACGAAGACACAUGAGAAUACAUAGCGAAGAAAAACCUCAUUCAUGUGAUAUUUGCGGGAAAGCCUUUCGUGAAAGGGCACACUUGAAAAGACACACACAGACACAUACAUCCGAAAAAGACCAUAGCUGUGAGGAGUGUGGGAAGGACUUUAAAUAUCCAGAUAGUUUACAGAGACAUAUGAAAACACAUCAAGAAGAAAAAGAAGAAACAACCUAAGUUUAUGUGAUAUAAUUAGAAAACUUUGAAUUCAAAAGACACAUAAUUACACAUUUGAAAAAUUAUCAUGAGAAAAUAUAAUUAUUGAGGUGAAACAAAAACAAAACAGAAAAUUAAAUCUAAUUUGUGUGGGAAAUUAAAGAAAUUAAAAUUAUAGAACUCAUGUGUAUAUUGAGCAUGUUGAGAAGACGCUCUUACAGUCAGAAGGGAUAUAAACAGGGCGACAAAAUUCU